UGAUUGUUGCCUUUAUUUAUGGUCUAUUAUGCGUAUUUCAAUGAUAGAACUGUAAUUAAAGGCGAUAAGAUUUACGUUGAGCCUUAAAACUUUUAUUGGGUCACGACUGAAUGGCACUAGUUGAAUCCAUAGAGUUCUCAGUAUUCGCACAAUUCGCAACGAUGAACCACCGUAUACUGAUCGGGUCUAUGCUGUUGCUACUGGGGCUGACUCAAGCCCUGGCUAGAGACAGCAUUUUCAAGCGUACAUUCCAGAAGUUACAUGAGGAACCGCCACUACCGCUCAAACAGGCUCGUGACGACACUGUAGAAACACUAUGGAUCGAACAGAAACUGGACCAUUUCGAUGAAAACGAAAUCCGUACCUGGCAGAUGCGCUACAUGCUCAACAGACAGUACUUUGAAGCUGGUGGGCCGCUAUUUAUUUUUCUGGGCGGAGAAUGGGAAAUAUCCCAGGGUAGAAUAACCGGUGGGCACAUGUAUGAUAUGGCCAAGGAACAUAACGGUUUGCUGGCCUACACUGAGCACCGUUAUUAUGGACAAAGUCGACCACUGCCGAACCUAUCGAACGAGAACAUCAAAUACUUACACGUGAAGCAGGCUUUGGCAGACUUGGCGCAUUUCAUAACUACACAAAAGGCAACCAUCGAGGGCUUGGCUGACUCGAAGGUUAUUAUUGUGGGCGGAUCAUAUUCGGCCACAAUGGUGACUUGGUUCAAGAAACUAUAUCCCGAUUUGGUGGUUGGUGGGUGGGCGUCCAGUGCCCCUUUGCUUGCCAAGGUGAACUUUGUAGAGUACAAGGAGGUGACCGGCCAGUCUAUAAGUCAGUUGGGCGGCUAUGCUUGCUAUAACCGCAUUGAAAACGGCAUUGCAGAAUUGGAGAAUAUGUUCGCCACGAAGCGUGGUGCCGAGGUCAAAGCUAUGCUGAAGCUCUGCGAACCGUUUGAUGUGAACAGCGAUUUGGAUGUGUGGACCCUGUUCAGUGAAAUAUCCGACAUAUUUGCUGGCGUGGUGCAGACCCACAAUACGGGCCAAAUCGAAGGUGUUUGUCAGAAAAUUCUGGCCGAGUCUACUGAUGUCGGAGGCGUUAGCAGCUAUAUACUUGGAGAAUUUGGAAAUAGUCAAAAGUGUAACGAUUUAAGCUACGAUGCCAUCAUCUCCUCGCUCUUGGAGUCAACCUACACGGGCAACAUAAUGCGUCAAUGGAUCUAUCAAACGUGCAAUGAGUAUGGUUGGUAUCAGACCUCGGGCUCAAGUGAUCAACCCUUCGGCACCAAAUUUCCGCUCACCCUCUAUACGACUAUGUGCGCCGACGCCUAUGGUUCGCAGUAUGGCAAUGAAUUCAUAAACAAUCAAGUGGCAGCCACAAAUGAGUUGUUUGGCGGACUAGAGCCAGGAGUUGAGAAUGUUUACUUAACGCACGGCCUGCUAGAUCCUUGGCAUGCCAUGGGCAUAAAGGAUGAGAGUCAGGCCACAAUGAUUCCAAACUAUGCGCAUUGCAAGGACUUUGAUUCGAUCAGUGAUAGCGACACGUCUGAAAUGCGUGCCUCAAAGGAGCGCAUAGCCGAAUUGGUGCGUGAGUGGUUGAAGUGAAUGUAAAGGAAACUACUCUAUUCACAUUAACCAUGAAUGUGAUUUAUUUAAAAUGGUGUUCCUUUCUCAAUCGUGGCAUUACCUAAGACUACACCUAAUCAAAUUGUUCAUUAUCACAUUUUGGUAAACCUAUCAGCACACAAUCACUUACGGCUUAUCUUCAAUGGGAAACCCGCAAUUUAAUAAAAAAUCAAAUUUAACAACCAACUUAAA